CUAGUCCGAUGACCUCGCUGUGAUGAGCAAUGCUUCCGAUCUUCGCUACGUGCGAUACGAAAAGUCGCGCGAAAAUGAAUAUGUCGCCGCAAUGCGCCAGCUGAUCUCCAAAGAUCUGUCCGAACCUUACAGCAUCUACGUCUACCGCUACUUCCUAUACCAAUGGGGCGACCUGUGUUUCCUCGCGAUGGAUGAUAAGGACGAGAUGGUCGGGGUGGUGGUAUCGAAGCUUGAGCCACACCGCGACGGCCCGCUGAGAGGAUAUAUCGCCAUGCUGGCCGUGCGCGAAGAGUAUCGAGGCCGGGGAAUUGCAACCAAGCUAGUGCGCAUGGCUAUCGAUGCUAUGAUCGAGCGGGAUGCAGAUGAGAUUGUGCUCGAAACCGAAAUCACCAACACCGGCGCGAUGAAACUGUACGAGCGGCUGGGUUUCCUUCGUAGCAAACAGCUCCACCGAUAUUACUUGAACGGCAACUCAGCCUACCGGCUUGUGCUCUAUCUCAAAGAAGGCGUGGGCGCGAUUCGGACGGGACUUGUUGAUCCAUACAGUCUUCCACCGUCAGUACCUGGUUUACCUGACGCGCGUGGAGAGCACUCGCAUGCGAAUAUGGGGUCAUUGGUUUGA